AUGUUGCCUCGAACGGCGUCCGCCUUUUGGCGUGCCUCGACUACCUCGAGCCUCAUCAUUCGGCCAACUCUUGUACGCCGAGUGCCGCAAUCGAGCCGACCGCUAUCAUUAUGGCCAUUCAAGAGAACCAAAAUACCACAUGACGUACCAGUGUACUUUCCUCGUCCUCCUGCGGCUCCGAAAUCACAUGCUUUCCGCAAGCGAUUAGGUCGUAUUGUAUUUACCACGAUUACAUUCUACAUCUGCUGGCAGAUAUUUGCGACCGUCGUGUUCGACCCGUUGCUCGACUGGGCUGACCAUGAGUGGGAAAACCUAUCUGACAAGGAGAAGCGAGAAAUGGAGGAGAUGUCAGAGGAGGAUGACCCUUUACUAUUUCUACCGUUCCCCUUUACAACAAAAGAAGUGAAGCAACCGCCUUACAAGGGGUCUGACCCCGAAUGGUUAGCCUUCUUGGCUGUGAACAAGGAUCAACAGGCUCAGAAGGAUAUCAAAUUCGGACUGGCGGAAAUCAUUCGUCGUGGUGUAGAAAAGAACCCCGCAUAUGUCGGGCUGUUGGGUGGCAAAGACAUCAAGCUGAAGAAGCUAUGGCUUGACAUUAUAUACCCUCCGGCACCUCCGCCCAAGCACUACGUGUCCGGAAUCAUCAUCGAUGACGAAGGCAUCUUCUGGGGCGACAGACCGAUCGACUCCGUAGCCGCGAGUCACCUCAACAUGGCAAUAUACCCCAAAGCCGUCGCAUUAACCGUGUGGACGUUUGUCAACUCAUUAUGCAGGCAAACAGCCCAAGACUUAGCCAAGGCAUUGGGAUUCAGCACCGAGCCUCCCCAAGACACCACAUGGCAGACCGUUUUCAUGAAUCGUAUGAAGGAGCAAGAAACAAUAGGCACACAAGGCAAGCAGGCUGCCAGAGUCACCGGCAGUGGCGACAAACCGCCAAACUUCCCACUCCCUACUGCGAAUGGGGAUCUUUUCGGGCCCCCUUUCGGCAGUGACUCCCAGCUCGAUUCUCGGAUACAGGGCGCACUGCACGCGGCUGCCAUGACCUUUACCAAGAACUGGCAGCCUGUGAAACAGCCUCCGAACCGGGGAUGCAUCCGUGUAGAUGGCCUGGUGGAGCUGCAAGGGAAGAAUGCUGUCAUGGCCGUUUAUGUUCUGGGGUGGUAUGACCCUAAGCAGAAGAACUACAUGGCCAUUCAGACGGGUCUGAAGCACUUGAUACAGCUUAAACAGAGACCUGCCGCUGGUUGA